CCCCCAUACACCGGAUUUUUACUGUGUCUUUAACUUUGUUCAAAUAUUUAAGUUUUGAUACUACACUUAGUGAUUUUAUGGCAAAAACAUUGUUUGAGUGUUCGUGCACAUCAUACAUUAAAGGUACCUAUAAUGCCUCGUGUUUAUACCUCAAAAUCAUCAAAACCUUAUAAGAAAUAUGAUCCCCUAAUAUUAAAUUCGGCUAUAUUAGCCUAUCAAACUGGAAAUGCAUCUAUUGUCGAGGUAGCAAAGCAAUUUAACAUUAGUAAAUCUGUAUUACACCGUCAUGCAACACGUCGUAUGAAAUGUCAGGGUGGACAAAAGGCAUUAUCAGAUGAGGUCGAAAAAUAUAUUAUUAAAUAUAUCAAUGUUUGUUCCGAGUGGGGCUACCCACUUGACACGUAUGAUCUAAGAAUUAUUAUUAAAGGGUACCUCGAUAGAAUGGGGCAUAAUAUUAAAAAAAUCAAAAACAACUUUCCGGGUGUAGGGUUUGCCGAAAGUUUUUUAAAAAGGCACUGUACAGAUAUAUCUGAGCGAUUAAGCCAGAAUAUAAAAAGAUCGAGGGCAGCCGUAUCGCCGGAAAUUAUAGUGCAAUAUUUUGAAGAACUCGAGCGUUCCUUGCAAGGUGUUGAUUUGGCUAAUAUAGUCAACUACGACGAAUCGAACUUAGCCGACGAUCCCGGUAAAAAAAAGGUUCUGUCUAAGAGAGGGGCUAAAUAUCCCGAAAGAGUCAUGAACCACACGAAGUCUUCUACGUCACUAAUGAUGGCUGUAGCUGCCGAUGGUACUCUUUUGCCAUGUUACGUGGUUUAUAAAGCGGCACACCUUUAUAAUACGUGGACAACAAAUGGACCCCCAAACUGUAGAUACAACCGCACUAAUUCAGGAUGGUUUGAUGGUGACACUUUUGAAGAUUGGGUUGAGACUGUUGCCAUACCAUACUUCAAUAAUAAAGUUGGCAAAAAGAUUUUAAUCGGUGACAACCUUUCAUCACAUUUGUCCAUAGAACUAAUUCGUAAAUGUCGAGAAUUAGAUAUCAAUUUUGUGUUUCUUCCACCCAACUCAACACAUCUAACCCAGCCCCUGGAUGUUGCGUUUUUUAGGCCAACCAAAACUGCAUGGCGUGAUAUUUUAUUCACUUGGAAAAAGACUGAAGGACGUAUCUUGCCAACAAUACCCAAAAAUGUAUUUCCAAAACUGCUAAAAAAAAUGCUAGAUAAGAUGGAACCAAAUAUUAAACAAAACAUCCUAUCGGGAUUUGCAAAAACAGGAAUAAGCCCUUUAAAUAAAGAGAAAGUAUUGAAUAGAUUGCCAGGAUAUGUCACGAGAAAUGAAUUUGAUGCGGAAGAAAAAGAAGCCAUAGAUGAGUCAGUUUUAAACUUGCUGAAAGAAAUGCGCUAUGGACCACAAAACUCAAGACCUAUUAAGAAAAUGAAGAAAUUAAAUGUCAAGCCAGGAAGAAGUGUUGAAGACAGUACAGGUUAUAUAGACAGCGAUAUUUCGAAUUCAGAAAUAACACCUCAACCAAAAAUAAGUGGAAAAGGAAAAGGUAUUGGAAAAAAAACUAAAAAAGAUAGUAGUAAUAACAUUUUAGAAGUUAAAAAGACUGAAAAAAGUAUGGAAAUAGAUAAUAUGACAAUAAUAAUGGAUAAUGAAAUACCAAUUAUGGAGGACAAAGUUAUAUACACUGAUUUAAAUACAUAUGAUGAAGAAAGAAUGUCUGAUAAUACUAAACAAGAACCAAAUAUAGAAUCAAUAGUAGAAAUAAACCUAUUACAUGAAGAUAAAGUAAAUAGCUUGACUGGGCAUAACACGGGAAACGAAUUUGGUACGACAGAAAAAGAAGCUAUAAAUGAACCCGUUUUGAUCUUGCAGAAAAAUAGCUAUGGGUCAAAGAAAUCAAGAUCUAAUGAAAUGAAGAAAUUAAAUGUUAAGACAGGAAGAGGUGCAAAAGACAGAAGAAAAGGAAAGGGUAUUGGGAAAAAAUCUAAAAAAGAAAAUGUUAGCAAUAAUAUUAUAGUAGCGAAAAAAUCUGAAGAAAGUUUUGAAGUAAAUAAGAUGCCAAUAAUAAUGACGGAUGAAUUUCCGAUUGUGGGCGACAAUGUUAUAUACAAUGAUUUAACGAUAUUUCAUGAAGAUAGUACAAUUUUUGAUUAUACUGUACAAGAACAAAAGACUGAAGCACAGUAUGAAAAACCUUCUAGAAAAAAAAUUUCCUGAAGGUAAAAGAAUAAAAAUCUUAUCUACGGAAGUGAUAUCCAAACCAAGUACAAGUGGCCUCAGAAGACAAAGUUAUUAUAAAAAUGAAGAGGAAAUAUUUCGAUAUUUAAUGGAUGACGAUAUAUAAGAUAAAUUUUUGAAUUUAUUUUUUGAUUUUUCUAUUAUUUCAUAUAGGUACAUACAGAAAAAAAAUUGGUCUCAUAAUUUUAAUUUGUUUAUUUUGUGAUAAAAAAUUCAUUGAAGAACAUUUCUUUGUAAGAUUUUGUUUUUGAUUCUUUUAAUUUUUUUCUUUUGAUUCAUACCAAAAAAAAGUGUUCUCGUUUCCUUAACUGUUUGUUAAAAAUAUUUUUAUUUUUCUUUGUUGACUUUAUGUUAAAAAAUUCAUUGAAGAAAAUUUCUUUGAAAGAUUUGUUUUUGAUUAUUUUUAAUUUUUUCUAUUGUAUCAUACCAAAAAAAAGUGUUCUCAUUACCAUAAGUGUUUGUUUAAAAUAUUUUUAUUUUUCUAUAAGUGUUAACUCACUAUAAAACCAUCGAUAGGAUAGGUCCUUUAUGUAGGUCCAACCUAUUGAGAAAGUGAUAUAAAUAUAACAAAAUUAAACAUAAAAAUCGUUUUUUUUUAUUUAUCACCAUUUUUUCUGUGGUCUCAAAUCACUGGGACGAGCUACACUAACACGACUACGGCACUACUUGUCGUAUUGAUGUUCGGAUAGAAAAUAAAACAUAACACUGUCUUUUUGGGCAGUCGAGUAAAUAAAAUUGCCAACCCUAACAAAAUUCCCCA